AUGACAGUGAUGUCUCAAGUAUGGGACUGUGUCAGCUAUGCUAAUGUGUCACCUUCCUUUGGAGCUGCAUUAGCUGCUUACUCAGCUAUUGCGGAACCUAAAACUUACAAUGAGGCACUCAGAUAUGCAAAGUGGAUUGAGGUCAAAUAUACCUCCUCAGGUGCAGUAGAAAGGUUAAAGGCUAGGCUUGUAGCAAAAGAAUAUAGCCAGCAGGAGGGGUUAGACUCUACUGAGACCUUCUCUCCUGUAGCCAAAAUGGUUACAAUCAGGUCAGUUCUAGUCAUUGUUGCAGCUAAGCAUUGGGCCAUCUUUCAAAUGGAUGUACACAAUACUUUUCUCCAAGGAGACUUACUUGAAGAAGUUUACAUGGAGGUUCCUCCAGGCUUGGAUUCAUUCAGAGUCACUUUGAUUAUUCAUUGUUCACCAGGAAAGUGGAGUCUAGUAGUGCUUGUCUAUGUGGAUGACUUGCUUAUAACUGGAAGUAGCCAAACGUUGAUUCUUCAGACCAGAAAUGAUUUGAAACUCAAGUUCAAAAUGAAAGACUUAGGUGAACUCAAAUUCUUCCUUGGAAUUGAGUUUGCUAGAUUAUCUAAGGGGAUUGUGAUGAGUCAAAGGAAGUAUGCUUUGGAACUCAUUGCAGAGAUUGGGCUUAGUGGUGCAAAACCAGCUGGUACACCUUUGGAAGCAAAUGUAAAACUCACAUCUGAAGAAUAUGACAGGUUUGUUCAUAGUCAAUCUUCUUCUGAAACAGAAGACAAGUUACUAACUGAUGCUGGAAAAUACCAAAGACUGAUAGGCAGGUAUAUCAAAGGUUCUCCAGGACUUGGUCUUCUAAUGCCAUAUGUAGACUCAGGAAAACUAGAAGGUUUUUGUGACUCAGAUUGGGGAGGCUGUCUGCAGACCAUAAGAUCAGUUACAUGUUACUUGGUGAAGUUUGGGGAUGCACUGAUUUCAUGGAAGUCAAAGAAACAAGAAAAUGUAGCUAGAAGCUCUACAAAGCCAGAGUUUAGGAGCAUGGCCUCAGCAGUUACUGAAUUUACCUAG